AAGAAUGCAGAUAUAAUUGUAGAGAUGGAAGCUAAAAAGCACCAAACGGCUAUAAUUGGCGUUACAGUUUUGGUGAAAGGAGAAGGAUCGAUUUCAAGACAGAAAUUCUCGGAUUUGAUCCUCCUCCGAGAACUAGACCACUCUCUCUUGUUUUUCUUUUUCUGUAGAUUUUCUGUUUAUUCAAAAACUUAUUUUUUUCGUCCAAAAUUUGACUUUCCUGAGAACUAAUCAUCAUCAUCAUGUCCGAUGGUUAUCGUAGUUCUAAGAAGACGGAUACUAUCUGCGAAGAUGUUUGUGGACAGGAAGGUUCUCGAGCAGGCAAGGCCAUUUCAAGGCUUAGAUGUGUUCUAAGAGGACUCGAUUUCAAAACAUUCCUGUUUCUCUUCACUCUCCUGCCACUCUUCAUCUUCGGCAUCUAUCUACACGGCCAGAAGAUCACAUAUUUCUUGAGACCUCUAUGGGAAUCACCUCCUAAACCUUUUAACAUCCUUCCGCAUUACUAUCACGAGAACACUUCCAUGGAAUUGCUCUGCAAUCUUCAUGGCUGGAAACUCCGCGAAUCUCCAAGAAGAGUCUUUGAUGCUGCCUUGUUCAGUAACGAGAUCGAUAUGCUCACUCUCCGUUGGAAUGAGUUAAAUCCUUACAUUACUCAGUUUGUGCUUCUCGAAUCUAACUCAACUUUCACCGGACUGUCAAAACAGUUGGCUUUCGCAGACAACAGGGAGAAGAAUUUCAAAUUCGUUGAGCCAAGGCUGACUUAUGGGAACGUUGGAGGAAGGUUCAAGAAAGGCGAAAACCCCUUUGUGGAGGAAUCAUUCCAAAGGCUUGCACUUGACCAGUUGAUCAAGCUCGCAGGUAUAAAAGAAGAUGAUCUUUUGAUAAUGUCGGAUGUCGAUGAGAUCCCGAGCGGCCAUACCAUCAAUCUGCUUAGAUGGUGUGACGGGUUCCCACCGAUCCUUCAUCUUCAGUUGAGAAACUACCUCUACUCAUAUGAGUACUAUGUCGAUAGCAAAAGCUGGAGAGCUUCGGUUCAUCUCUACAAGCCUGGGAAAACUCGGUGCGCUCAUUUCCGGCAAAGCAACAAUCUUUUGACAGAUUCAGGUUGGCAUUGCAGUUUCUGUUUCAGACACAUCAAUGACUUCGUGUUCAAGAUGAAAGCUUAUAGCCAUACUGACCGGGUUAGAUUCUUACAUUAUCUGAACCCGAGACGAAUCCAAGACAUUAUCUGCAAAGGAACUGAUCUUUUCGAUAUGCUUCCUGAAGAACACACAUUCAGGGAGAUUAUCGGCAAACUUGGUCCGAUUCCACGGUCUUAUUCAGCUGUUCAUCUCCCUGGAUACUUGAUUCAGAAUGCUGAUAGCUACAAGUACUUAUUACCUGGGAACUGCAAACGAGAAUCUGGCUGAUAAAUAAAGGACCUCUACUUACCACUUAUCAGUCCCUCUAGUUGUCUUUAGCUUUUUGUUCUCGCUUUCUCUAUCUCAUCUCUGUACAUACAACUUACAGUAUCAGAAUUUUUGUAGCGUUACGGAUCCG